AUGGAGUUUCAUCUCGUGACACUCCUCGCUCUCUGCAUCUUCGUCACCCUCCCGCCUUACCUCAGCGCCUGUGAGGCGAACUCCACCGUCGCACGCCGCCACCGCAGAUGGGUCGGCCCGACUGGCUGGCGCGAGAUCACCGUCGACGGUGGCGGCUCAGGCGACUUUCAGUCUGUUCAAGACGCCAUCGACUCUGUCCCGGAGAACAACCGGCACAGAGUCCUCAUAAACAUACGCGCCGGCGUGUACAUGUUGUAAACCUUCCUGCUCCCUGCAACUCUCAGUGAUGGGCUUCCAUUACUUACCAUCCUCCCGUCCGUCGUCAUCUUCCUGUUUCAGAGAGAAGGUCGUGAUUCCAGCGACGAAGCCUUACAUCACCUUUCAAGGGGCGGGGAGGAGGACGACGGUGAUCGAGUGGCACGACAGGGCGAGCGACCGGGGCCCCGACGGCCAGCAGCUUCGAACUUACAACACGGCUUCUGUCACUGUUCUCGCCAGUCACUUCAGCGCCAGAAACAUCAGCUUCAAGGUAAAGUAAACGGCUCAGCUCUUUCCCUCUGCGGAAGAUUCUGCUUCAGUCAUCACCGCCAUGGUUGCUGAAACGAGUGGUGCCGGUGGUCUGCAGAACACGGCGCCGGCGCCGUUGCCAGGGAUGGAGGGGUGGCAGGCCGCGGCGUUCCGCAUAUCCGGGGACAAGGCGUACUUCCUCGGCUGCGGCUUCUACGGCGCGCAGGACACGCUCUGUGACGACGCGGGACGCCAUUACUUCAAGGACUGCUAUAUCGAGGGCUCCAUCGACUUCAUCUUCGGCAACGGCCGCUCCAUGUACAGGGUAACAAAACCUCUUCACCCUCUGUGUAUUUUCUUCUUCGCCGGAGCUGUUGCCGACGGCGGCGGCGCGUUGCUGUUGCAGAGCUGCCAGCUUCAUUCGAUCGCAACGAGGUUUGGGUCGAUCGCGGCGCAGGACAGGAGGGGCCUCUGCGAGCAGACGGGCUUCGCGUUCGUGAAUUGCAGGGUGACGGGGACGGGACCGCUCUACGUGGGCCGCGCCAUGGGACAGUACUCGAGGAUCGUCUACUCCUACACCUACUUCGACGACGUGGUGGCGCAGGGAGGGUGGGACGACUGGGACCAUACGACCGGCAAGAACAGGCGAGUGUGCUCCGCCGAUCAGAGGAGAGAACUGGGAAGGGAGAAGAUUUUUCGAUUAAACGCAGAACACUUGACCUGAUUUCUCUUCCGGAUUGUUGAUCUUCUUCUUGAAUCUCUCCAGGACGGCGUUCUUCGGUGUGUACAGGUGCUCGGGCCCUGGAGCGGCGGCGGUGCGGGGGGCGUCGUUGACGCGGGAGCUGGAUUACCAGUCGGCGAGGCCAUUUCUGGCGAAGAGCUUCGUCAAUGGGAGGCACUGGCUUGACCCCUCCGACGCCUGA